UGUACACACAAACAAACCUCUGUAUCUAUAUUUUCUUACAUUCCCACUUAACCUUUCUACUUGAACAUUUGUAUUAGCCAUUUCGAACAUUUUUAUAUGUCAUUGAACUUGUGCUUCUAAGCAUAAUGAAGUUGUUAUCAUUUUUCGUGGUGCUGAUGUUUUUUACGACGGCUGCACGUUUUUGUCAUGCGACCAGAAGUCGGUUUUCUGGCUCUCGAGAGAAAGUUGAGGUUAUGAAGCAUUUAAAUCGUUUAAAUAAACCCCCAGUUCAAUCAAUCAAGAGCCCGGAUGGUGAUAUAAUAGAUUGUGUUCAUAUCUCAAAUCAACCAGCUUUUGAUCAUCCUUUUCUCAAAAAUCAUACCAUUCAGACGAGGCCAAAUUAUCGUCCGAAUUGGAUAAAUGAUGAUAACAUCAAAGUGUCAUCUAUAAAGGAUCCUUCAAAACAUGAGUCAUUAUCAGAAAAACAGGAAACAAUUACUCAACUAUGGCAAUUAAACGGUAAAUGCUCAAAAGGGACGAUUCCCAUUCGACGAACGAAGAAAGAGGAUAUUUUGAGAGCUAGUUCUGUUAAAAGAUAUGGCAAGAAGAGCAGCUUUUCUACUGUUGCUCAACCAAGUUCCAUUGAUCCUGACAUCAUUAAUCAAAAUGGUCAUCAGCAUGCAAUUGCAUAUACUGAAGGGCAAUUCUAUGGAGCAAAAGCAACAAUGAAUGUUUGGAACCCAAAAGUUGAGCAGUCUAAUGAAUUUAGUUUAUCUCAAAUUUGGAUAUUAGGAGGAUCUUUUGCUUCAGAUCUUAAUAGCAUAGAAGCUGGUUGGCAGGUCAGUCCAGAUUUGUAUGGGGAUAACAAUACCAGACUAUUCACAUACUGGACUAGUGAUGCAUAUGAAGCAACAGGGUGUUACAACCUUAUGUGUUCAGGGUUUAUUCAAACAAACAAUGAGAUUGCAAUAGGAGGCAGCAUCUCUCCUCUUUCACAAUUUCAUGGUUCCCAAUAUGAUAUCACUAUACUUAUCUGGAAGGAUCCAGAGGAAGGGAACUGGUGGAUGCAAUUUGGAAAUGGAAAAGUGUUAGGAUAUUGGCCAGCCAAAUUGUUUUCGUACCUAGCCGAUAGUGCCUCGUUGAUCGAAUGGGGCGGAGAGGUGGUUAACACAGCCUCGAACGGGCAGCACACGACGACCCAAAUGGGCAGUGGUCAGUUUCCCGACGAAGGGUUUAGUAAAGCAAGUUAUUUCAGAAAUAUUCAAGUAGUAGAUGAAUCCAACAGUUUAAAGAAUCCUAAAGACAUUAAUACUUUCACAGAACAACCAAAUUGUUAUGAUGUUCAAAUGGCAAGCAAUAGUAAUUGGGGUAGCCACUUUUACUAUGGUGGGCCGGGUCAAAACCCGAAUUGCCCAUGAAAAUUUUCAUGUGAUAAAGAACCUUUUUAUUUUUUCAAAAACGUUACAUGUUGAUUAAAUCAACGUGUACAUACAUCGAAGAUGUAAUGUUGGUUGGUAGGUUUUUACAUUAGGAAGUUCUGGGUCUGAAUUCAUGCGUGGAACCGGUCUUUGAUAAUCAUAUUCAUUAAUCGUUAUUAUACCUUACUUUGAUCAA